CCCUCUCUGGGGAAAAUGAGUCAUUUCUUCAACCCUGAAAUGUUUCUCUUUAUGUGGGAAGAAGGGGGAGAGGGUGAAGGCGGGGAGAGCCCCUCGUGGUUCCUUCCAGAUUUGUUUCUCAGCUCUGAAGAGCAUCUUGCCACAAGGGAGAGAUUCCAAGGCGACUGUCGUCUGAGGCAGCCAGACCCGGUUACCUCAACGAACCACAGCUCUGCAAUGUCGACCUACAAGCGGGCCACGCUGGACGAGGAGGACCUGGUGGACUCGCUCUCCGAGGGCGACGUGUACCCGAAUGGCCUGCAGGUGAAUUUCCGCAGCCCCCGGAGCGGCCAGAGGUGCUGGGCGGCGCGGACCCAGGUGGAGAAGCGACUGGUGGUGCUGGUGGCUCUUCUGGCGGCGGGACUGGUGGCUUGCCUGGCGGCGCUGGGCGUACAGUACCGGACAAGAACCCCCCCGGUGUGUCUGAGUGAGGCCUGUGUCUCAGUGACCAGCUCCAUCUUGAGUUCCAUGGACCCUGCCGUGGACCCCUGCCAAGACUUCUUCACCUACGCCUGUGGUGGCUGGAUCAAAGCCAACCCUGUGCCUGAUGGCCACUCACGCUGGGGGACCUUCAGUAACCUCUGGGAACACAACCAAGCCAUCAUCAAGCACCUCCUGGAAAAUUCUACGGCCAGUGUGAGUGAGGCAGAAAGGAAGGCUCAAGUUUACUACCGUGCGUGUAUGAAUGAAACCAGGAUUGAGGAGCUCAAGGCCAAGCCCCUGAUGGAGCUGAUUGAGAAGCUCGGGGGCUGGAACAUCACAGGCCCCUGGGACAAGGACAACUUCCAGGACACCCUGCAGGUGGUCACCUCGCACUACCGCACCUCACCAUUCUUCUCCGUCUACGUCAGCGCCGAUUCUAAGAACUCCAACAGCAACGUGAUCCAGGUGGACCAGUCUGGCCUGGGCUUACCCUCAAGAGACUAUUAUCUGAACAAAACUGAAAAUGAGAAGGUGCUGACAGGAUACCUGAACUACAUGGUCCAGCUGGGGAAGCUGCUGGGCGGGGGGGACGAGGACGCCAUCCGGCCCCAGAUGCAGCAGAUCCUGGACUUCGAGACGGCGCUGGCCAACAUCACCAUCCCCCAGGAGAAGCGCCGGGAUGAGGAGCUCAUCUACCACAAAGUGACAGCAGCCGAGCUACAGACCUUGGCCCCUGCCAUCAACUGGUUGCCCUUCCUCAACACCAUCUUCUACCCAGUGGAGAUCAAUGAGUCCGAGCCCAUUGUUGUCUACGACAAAGAGUACCUUGGCCAGGUCUCCACCCUCAUCAACAACACCGACAAGUGCCUGCUGAACAACUACAUGAUCUGGAACCUGGUGCGGAAGACAAGUUCCUUCCUCGAUCAGCGCUUUCAGGAUGCCGAUGAGAAGUUCAUGGAAGUCAUGUAUGGGACUAAGAAGACCUGUCUUCCUCGCUGGAAGUUCUGCGUGAGUGACACAGAAAACAACCUGGGCUUUGCUCUGGGCCCCAUGUUUGUCAAAGCGACCUUUGCCGAGGACAGCAAGAACAUUGCCAGCGAGAUAAUCCUGGAGAUCAAGAAGGCAUUUGAGGAGAGCCUGAGCAGCCUGAAGUGGAUGGAUGAAGACACUCGGAAAUCAGCCAAGGAAAAGGCGGAUGCAAUCUACAACAUGAUAGGUUACCCCAACUUUAUCAUGGACCCCAAGGAACUCGAUAAAGUGUUCAAUGACUACACCGCAGUCCCGGACCUCUACUUUGAGAAUGCCAUGCGGUUUUUCAACUUCUCCUGGAGGGUCACUGCUGACCAGCUCCGGAAAGCUCCCAACAGAGACCAGUGGAGCAUGACCCCGCCCAUGGUGAACGCUUACUACUCACCCACCAAGAAUGAGAUUGUGUUUCCAGCCGGGAUCCUGCAGGCACCAUUCUACACCCGCUCCUCACCCAAGGCCUUAAACUUCGGUGGCAUUGGUGUCGUCGUGGGCCAUGAGCUGACUCAUGCUUUUGAUGAUCAAGGCCGAGAGUAUGACAAGGACGGGAACCUUCGGCCCUGGUGGAAGAACUCGUCCGUGGAGGCGUUCAAGCAGCAGACAGAGUGCAUGGUGGAGCAGUACAGCAACUACAGCGUGAACGGGGAGCCGGUGAACGGCCGGCACACGCUGGGGGAGAACAUCGCCGACAACGGGGGCCUCAAGGCGGCCUACCGGGCCUACCAGAACUGGGUGAAGAAGAAUGGUGCCGAGCAGACCUUGCCCACCCUGGGCCUCACCAACAACCAGCUCUUCUUCCUUGGGUUUGCACAGGUCUGGUGCUCUGUCCGCACGCCUGAGAGCUCCCACGAAGGCCUUAUCACCGAUCCCCACAGCCCUUCCCGCUUCCGCGUCAUCGGCUCCAUCUCCAACUCCAGGGAGUUCUCAGAACAUUUCCACUGCCCGCUCGGCUCCCCCAUGAACCCCCAACACAAGUGUGAAGUCUGGUGAGGGGCGAAAGACCGAGAGCCAAGACGGAGGGGGGGAGGGAUGCGGACGAGCCCCAGGGUGCCCCCUCCAUCCGGCAUCCAGGGCGUGGCCCCGCCCUUGGCCGCCCCGGCCUUCUUCCCCGCGCUGGAGGCCCUUCAGCUGAGCCUGCGGUAUGUUCUCAACACAGUCCGAGAUUUGCUCCCCCGUGAAGACCCUGUCAUCCAGGCACACAUGCGUCAACUCGACGGGCAUUUGGGUGUCAAGCCGGUUGUCACAGGCCUGGGCCCCUUGCUGACAAGGGCAGCGGGACAGUCUCCCCAGCCCACAUCUGCGCCAGAUGCACCACAAACACCACUGUGUCAAAUGCUUUAAAGAUAUAUUUUUGGGGAAACUAUUUUUUAAACAUUGUGGAAAACACUGGAAGUCUUCAGGGAAAUAAUGCAUUUAAAACACUUUUUUUUUGAGGAAAGGAUUGGUAUAUUUAUUAUGUUCUGUUUUUCUAAAGAACCUGUGGACAAGAGAAGCCCCCCGAUUCGCCCCUCUCUCUCCCUUAUUGCAAGCGACCCCCAGCUCCUGAGCAGGGCCCCAAAUACAGAAAAUGCUGUUUCAGCACCAGCACCGCUGUCACCUGGUGCGGAGGAGAGGCGGGGGGUGGGGGGGACACGCUUGCAUCUCGCACCUUGCCUGCCUGUCACCAGCCCAGCAGUGGGAACCACAGCAAGAAAGGUGUGGUCCUCAAGUCACAGCAAUGGGGACUGGUGGCUGCGGCAGGUCGGGGCCCUCAAACCUAGAUUGGGGUGCCUGGGCACCCUGGAUUUAGACCCCAGGGCCCUGCCAGGCUGAGACUGUCCCCCAUCAGAUGCACCCUCUGUGCUGUAGGUGCCCCUCUUCUUUUGGUCACCCCACAUCUGUCCAGGGGCUGUUGCCUCGCUGCAGCAAUCCCCCCAUCCUAGCCUUGGGGUCUGUCUUGCCAACCCUCUCCUACAGCGGAAGGAGAAGAGAAAACCUCUCACGUCACACAGAAUCCAAACCCUCCCACUGAGCUCCAUCCUUCACACCGGUGUGGGCCCGGCUCCCAGGGCCACACCAGCCCUGCCCUUGACCUCUAGUGCCUUAUCCAGGGCUGUGGCCCUGGGCUCACCCCAAGGAGACAGUUCCCACUGCCAGGGGCCCCCUGGGCCUCCUCGUUGCAGCCCCCAAGUGACCUGACUGGAACUCAAGGCCAUACCCCCUGCUCCCAGUGCCCACGUGAGCCCACGCUCCCCUCCCAGCAGCUCAGAAGCACCGUCCUGCAGGUUAGUAGCACUGAGGUCAGGAGUCUGCAGAGCCUUUGAACUUCCCUGGCUUCAUCCCUCCUCAGCCCCUUGAGUUGAAUCAAGACAUUCCUGUUAUUGGGGGAUGCUUCCAGCCAUAGAAGGCUACAAGGGGUAGCAUCCCCCAAUCUUAGCAGUGAGACCUGUGGAGUCUGGACAGCAGUGUCGCCCCCUCCUUGAUGCCACAGGUUCUCCCCACAGCAGGUUUAGGAGUGUCCCCAGGUGGAGCUAAUCAUAGCCCCCUCUGGUCCUCUGGGGAAGCAGUACCUGUGACAGGUGCCACCAGUGCCCACCAUGGUGGGCCAGUUCUAGGCUCCUAUGGGGCAGUCGCCUUGCCCAGGAAGCAGGACCCUCUGUGCCCAAGAACAGCAGAUAGCUCAGGGAUAGCCUUGGCACCUGGCCCCAGAGCUGGGGAGGGGGUUCCAGGUGAGGCCCCGAUCCCCACAGGCCUCCAGAGGAAAGGAGACACAGGAGCCGGAGGAGGAGCUAGAGUCACAGGCACCUGCCUCUCAAAAGGCUUCCCUGGCACCCUCCUGCCCCACCUCCCACCCCUCCUCUUCCACCUUCCUCCCUGCUGGCUGCCCCCGUGGACAGACUAGGUCUUGGAGAUCAUCUGUGGGCACGUGCACUAAGACCCCCUGCCGGGAGCAAGUGUCCUGGGGCCGCCUCAGCCGGAGGGAAGGAAACUGCCCUCUGCUUCCUGGUGUUCUGGAAAGGCAGGGGCAGGAGGCGAGGAGGCCCAGCAGGGACAGAAGAAAGGAAGCACCCCUACUCCCCUCCCCCACAAGAAUUUCAGAAAAGGCUAAGGUGGAGGGGCAGCUGCCCUCAGAAAGCCCCUCCCUUGGGCCAGAGACCCACAGGCUGUCUUCUCUGCUGGUACAUGGACAUGGGGUUUGGAGCUGGGAUCUGGUUUUGUAUGAUUAUGUCUCGUGCUACUGUAGUUUGGUGUGGCACUAUUGUAAUUGAAAUAAAGUACUUGUACAAGAGCCGUGUGACUAAGGGUGUCCUCUGGGGUAAGGGCCCUUUCUGAGAAAACUGUAACACUUUGCCUUCAUAAUAGAGGCUUGGAUCGAUGCAGAUACAUGCCCUGGUCAGAGAUGGAGAGGUUUCAUAUGUCAGUUCUCCCAAAUCUAUCAUUCCAGUGUACACUCCACCAAAAUUCCAAGGUAAUUCUUCGUGAAACUUUAUAAACUGAUUCACACGGAAGAGAAAAUCCAAGACCGGGCCUCCCUGGUGGCGCAAGGGGUUGAGACGCAACCUACGAAGCUGUCCACAGCCUCUGCAGCACAAGUUCGAUCCCUGGCCUGCCAGGGAGCUGACCCACAUGGCACGGCAGACCUCUCCUGUCUUGACCAUUGCUCCCCUCAGCAGUGCAUUUCAGUCGAUCUGCUCCCCACUCCGUCUCUGGUGAAUCCUCUCAACCCCACCCCUCUGGCCUGUACCCCAGUUCUUGUAUAUAUGUAUACCUCUAAAUAAAUCUUUAAAAUAAAUAAAUAAAUAUCUGAAGCUGGAAAAAAGGGGGAACAUGAAAGAUUAUGAGAAACAAAUGAGAAAUAAGAAAAUCUGGUCUCCCUCCCUCCACACCAGAAGGGAGGUUGAAUGGGGCACCAGGACAGGCAGCAGAGGGCGCUCGUGAGUGGAGUCCCGGCCAUGACUGAAUACAGCACUAGAAAAAGGCAGCACAUCAUUAAAAAUGCCUGUCCAGAAAGAAAGAAAAGAGCGAGGGGGGGAGAAGAGAGGGAAAUGCAAAUCAGGGCAUUUCAAUUGAUAAGAAUUCUCUUCCCCAAAUCACCUGGCAAGCUGAAGAAAACUAACACGAUACUCCAAACUGAAUGAAAUAUCCUCAAUAAGCAUUUGGGGAUAUGAAAAAACUCAAAUCAGGAAAAAAAAAAACCAGUAACAGAAAAAGAUCCCCCAAAAGGAAGAAAUGAAUUGAGACUUCAUCUCAGAGAAGAAAAUAAAAUCAAAUCAUACAUGAAAAUUAAGUUAAAAGGUGACUGACAGAAAAUAGAUUCUAAUGAAAAAUGAAUACCAAACUGCAGUGGGGGGUGUUGGAGGAAGGAAAAGAAACCAAGCCAGGGAUACUAUUUGGAAUCUUCAGAUAUUUAAAGCUACAGAAAAACGGAUUUGAAUGUGCCAGAGCUCAGGGACCACAAAGGUGCCUGCCCUUCCUGAGGAACCCAGUGUGGAGGAGCUUGAUCUCACUAAGAGACAGACAGUUUUAAAAGGACUGUUAGGCCCUCCCUAGUGGUGCAGGGGUUAAAGACUCAGCACUAGCAAGCUAUGGCCAGCCACUGCAGCAUGAGUUUGAUCCCUGGCCAGGGAGGUCACCCACAUGGCGCAGCAGACCUCUCCUGUCUCACCCACUGCUCCCCUCAGCAGUGUAUUUCAGUGGAUCCUCCUGUUCUGCUCCCCACUCUCUCUCUGGAGAAUCCUCACACACCCCAAACCUCUGGCCUGUACCCCAGUUCUUGUAUG